UGCUUGUGCCACUCCCCGGAGCUAGCAUGUCCCCCGUGCCCAAGGCGGCCUUCGUAGGCAUGCUCCUCUUCUGCCUGUGCCCCGGGCACCGAACAGCCCUGCGGGCCCAGGCAGUCCACGUGCCCACGAGGUGCAUGUGCUUGAAGUUCCAAGAGAAGGUUAAUCCCAGAUUCAUAAUGGAUUUCCAGAUCAUUGAGAAGGGAGCCCACUGCCACCGCCAUGAGAUCAUAUUAACCGUGAAGCAAUGGAAAGGCCCGAGAGAAACGUGCCUCGACUCAUCCAAGAGGCAAGGGAAGAAUCUGCUGCACUGCUGGAAGAGACACCGGAAGGACCCCAGGAAGCAGCACCACUGUAUGAAAAGGGGGCAGUGACACAGGACCAGGGCAAAGCAGUGAGCACGAUGCACAGGUACCGGCAUCUCCAGCCCUGCAGACAAGGGAACCCGACUUUCACAGGCUCGCUGGGUGCUGCAUCCUGUGGUCCCUCGGUGCCGGAUGCUUUUUGCUUCUGCUUGUAUUUCCCAAACCUCGCUGUUCUGUCCCAGAGGCAAGCUGACCCACGGCUCUUCCAUCCCCUCAUGUUCAUAUGGAUACGGGCUUCCAUUGCUUUGACUCCAUACUGCUCCGGUUCCCUGGAGACAGGUCGACAGCCGCCUUUCACCCUGCCUGGGGGAAGCCUGCACUUCCCCAUGUUUGGGCGCCAACUUUAAAGCAGCCCACCAGCAAGCGACUGUAAUUCUGCACAUGGUGUUAACACAUUUCACAAGGACAUUCAUCCCCGGUGCAUCACCAGCUUUCACAAAAGCCCUGCCUCACUCCUCUCCUACUACACCCCUACCAGAUACAAUUGGCUGAUUCCAUUGGUGAUUCUUUGGGGUUCCGGCCCUCUGUUCUCCCCUGGGAUGGCUGUGUGACAUUGCACUCCAUAUGUUUUAUGGAAAUAUGCUUAUGAGUGUGAAUAUGAUGUAAGUGGAGUAUGCUUUCUGCAAAAGGUCUCUUGUAAGGUAUCAUAACAAAGAUUAUAAACUACUGAAUAUAUUCCUCCUAUUUGUAUGCAUGUAUCAUUCUUGUAUCUGAAGCUAGAAAUAUGAA